AUGUCUGGCCACCUGCACUGUGAACAUGACCGAAAAGGGCUUAAUGCGACGCAAGCAAACAUGUUUUUUUCAUUUCAAACGAGUGAAGACGACAGUUCCACGUGCGUCCAAAACAACAGCAUUCAUUCCAGCAACACGAAUGCCGGCGAUAACGCUGGGAGCAAUCAUCAGGACUCUCUUGUGAACAUUCAGCGGGCAUUAUAUGCAGCCGACUGUCUGGCGUCUCUCUCCGCCACCUCCACAUGGAGCGGCGAAUACCUAAAGAGAGAAACCACUUUAUCCACAUCGAACAGUGGUGGUGACGAUGCUUGUACGGCUGCGGCAUACUUGCAGGUCAUUUUUUCGGCCAUUUUGUCCGUGGCGGAAUCACAACAGAUCGAUUUGGAGUGCGCUGUUCGUUGCUGCAUUCGCUCUCUUGCAUUAGAGGAGGAGUUAUUGCGGGGCGAUGCUUCUUUGAUGCACCACUCUUUUUCGGCGUCUGCGGGGACGGACUCGGUUGACUCGAAUAGGGCCCAUCACGUGGAUGACGAUAAACACUCUUAUCAGAGACAUGAAAAGGAGGGCAAACAACAACAACAACAACAAGAGGAGCAGCAACUUCUCCCAGGCUUUCAGAUAGAUUGUAAGGGACACAAGGAUGAGUUUCCUGCAGAGAAGGGGACGAUGGGGCAAACGAAGGAUGCUGCUGCCAUCAACGUGAGGUCAGACCGGAUGCAUGCUGGUGUAGGAAUGAAUGUGUCUCUUGAUGGGGCAGAUGGUGAAGGGAGGGACCACGUGAAGGAUCCCAACGUCAAGGUUAUCCCUAUUUGUGAUAGUGACCCCUUAUCUCCUCUGGUUUACGGCACAACUGCCUUUGGGGACAUGGCGUCCGCACCUCGUUCCACCUCACCGCCUCCGCCAAUUGCAACGAUUCCUACGGGGGAGGAGAGUUACAGUCUCCUUGCGCCUCCAUCAUGCGUGGCGGAAAUGUCAUCCAAGGAAAUAUCACGGAGUGGGAGUCCCGGGAAUGCGGCAGGCCGCCACGCAAAAGAACCACACUCACGGCAGAUGCAAGAGGUGAUGGCGGCGGGGGUUAAAUCCUCCAAUGAAGUGCCAACACUGCACGCUUCCAAUGCAUUUGCAACACAUUUCUCCCCACGGAGGAGAACGGAGACAAGUGUUCAUGAGGAGAAGGAGGAACAACUAAGCUUCAGAAGUCGUUUAGAGGCCAUCAUGCCAAAGGAGCCUCCACAGGAACUGGCAGGAUACCGCACAAGUCAUGUCACUGGUGUAUCUAGCAAGGAAACUAUUGGUGUGGACGCAGCAGAUGCCUCUGAAAAGGAGGGGAAUGUGACUUCCUGCUCAGCUGCGUCUGUUGCCGCGGGGCCGAAUGCAUAUGCGGCAGCAACAGCAGCUGCUGAGGGAAAUUCAGUCAUGGGGGAAAAAUGGCUUGCAGCGGAGUCGUCACUAGAAAAGGGAUUCUUCACACCAGAAGGCAUAGAAGGAAGAAGUGUUGUAUUUCCCCCAACGACGGAAUAUGUGCCAUCUCUUUUAGUCAUGGAUGAUUCUCUGGGUGCAGGUGACACGACGAACAGAGUACAAGAAGAAAUUCCACAUGUCUCCUCUGAUGUUUCCCUUUCCACAACAGCACCGAAAAUAUCCGGAUCGCCGCCAUUUCCCAAAAUGACACCGUCUUCGUUUUUAUUUUCCAACACAGAGUUACCGACAAGUGAAUCGUUGCUUCUUAAUACCGACAAUACGGCUGUCUCAUUACGGGUGGAUGUGAAGAAUGAUAUGGGCAUAUUAUCUACCUCUGGCAAUGUUGUUUCAUCUGACACCAGAGAUACUUUUCACCAGGGUGCAGAGACAGGGAGUCCUUCUUGUGCCAAACCACAUUCUUCUCGAGCGGAGGAGGCGUCAUUUUUAUCCUGGGUCCUUCCUUUGGGUGUUACGGGCAUCUGCUCUGAGGAACAUGUACGGGAAAAGGAGGGAGACACGGUGGGUGUUUCUUGGAAGGAGGGUAAAAUCUCUAUAGAUAUUCCUGCAACGGUAACAAAUCCAGUGCCUGUAAACUCUAUAACUUCGCCAUUGUUACAACAGAACCGUUUUUACUGCCAACCACCACCACCACCACAACAGCAACAACAGCAGCAGUCGGAUGUUUCCGCGGGUUCUGCCGCGACAGUUACGGUAUCACCAUUUCUACCAUGUGAGGAAUCCUCCCCAUCAUUUCGCUGGAUGGAUGACAUUGUUGUUGCCCCAAUGACGAUGACAACAACGACGACCACCACCCUUCGGUCUGUGUUGCCUCUCUCUGAGGUGUCAGCGCAGUCGACAAUUCAACAAAUGGACGAGAACGAGAAGCGUGAAGUUGGCAUCUUGUCAAGUUCAGGACCAGUGGAGUCUGUGGGAAGGACCCCAACGGAGGAGACGUCAUUGCCGUUGAAAAACGAAUACCUUCUCUUGAAUUUGUGCCACGCCGACGAAGAGGGCGGUGGUGCGGCGAAAACGUCAACUCCGUCUGCGACAACCGCCGUUGCACCUUCCACGUUACCGCAGGGGGAUUCCCAUGCCAUGAGCAACCAUGCAACUGUGCCCAGCGAAUGCAACCGCAGUGCAGGCAUCGAUCGCAGUAUGCUUGAGAAAAACUUAAAAAAUAUGCGGCAACCGGUCGCAGCGAGGGUGCAGCGUGAUGAACCGUCUCAAAUCCCAUCAUUACAUGAGGACAGUUGUCAGGAUAACGAGUCCAAUGAGAUGAUGGUUCCGUAUGGACUGUUGCUUCUUCAGCAGUUGCUGUAUGAGUGA